CUUGACAAAGGACUAUUUACUGACAUGUUGAAAGCAUUAGGAGUGUCAAGCACAGUUGGUGUCUAUGAAGUGGAAGGAUCCAAAAUUAACUUCAAGGCUUAUCGUCUAGAGCCAAAUGUACAGAUUAGGAGAGAAUCAAGGUUGGUUCAUCCAUACGGGUUUCCCAAUGAAUUAUCAAUUGUUGUAACCUUUAGAAUGAGAGAAAAUGCCCCUAACAUGGUGUGGAAUCUGUGGGAGGUAACUGACGGAUAUGACAACGAGCAAUUCCGACUCAGACUGUACGGUGAGACCAAUGCUGUUGAAGUCUACAAUGUGGCAGCUGUAGGAGAGGAGGUCACCACUUUUGAAAAUGUGGGGCAACUGUUCAACCACGCCUGGCACAAGCUCUCACUUAGUGCCACAAAAACCCAGCUGACUCUGUUUGUUGAUUGUCAGCAGGUUGGCACAGCUCCCAUUCGACAAUACGGAUUCAUUGGUACAGAUGGAGUUACUGUUUUAGCAACAGGAGCAAGAAGGAAUGCUACACUUCCAGUGGACAUACAACAAUUCACAAUCUAUGGAAACCCAAGUAAAGCAAGUGGAGUAACCUGCUGUGAAUUGCCUGGUAUUUGUGAAAAGCAAAGCAGUGAUGGCACCUCAAUAGGAUGUCCCUGCAGACCUAUAAAACCUGGAUUCCUUGGAUUCUCUGGUCCAAAUGGUUAUCCAGGUGACAAAGGCAGGUCUGGAUUUCCUGGAUCUCAGGGUAGAAAGGGUUAUCGAGGUUUUAAAGGGGUGCAGGGAAGACGAGGUGAUCCAGGACCAAGGGGUGAAGAAGGUGAAGAGGGUUCUCAUGGAGAUCCAGGUUACUCAGGAGCUAUAGGUAUUCCUGGUUCCCCUGGAGAGAAAGGUGUGCUUGGUGCGAAAGGGAAAAAGGGAGAUACUGGAGAAUCUGGUGAAGAAGGCAGUGCUGGGUCCCCUGGCGAAGUGGGUGCUCCAGGAAACUCAGGACCACCAGGGCCCCCAGGUAUCAAGGGAUUAAAGGGAUUUCUUGGUUAUCCUGGAUUCUCGGGAGAUAUUGGGGAACCAGGAGAUUUGGGAUACCCAGGAUCAAUAGGACAUGUUGGUACUCCUGGCAGAAAGGGUGAUAUUGGAAUGGCAGGAAGACCUGGUAGUGAUGGUAUACCAGGUGGUCAUGGAGAUAGAGGGGAUCCUGGUCCAAGAGGACCACAAGGCCCACGUGGUUUUCCAGGGAUGAAAGGUGAUGCAAGGCAAUCUGGAAUACCUGGAAAACCAGGAGAAAAGGGAGUGAAAGGCUUGCCAGGCCCACAAGGUGAACCAGGGCCUGAUGGCGAGAAGGGUGAAACUGGAAAAACUGGAGUUCAAGGCAAGUCAGGACCCAAGGGUGACAAAGGUGACAUGGGUGACAAAGGACAGUUUGGACGACCUGGCCCUCCAGGGGAUGUUGGAAUUGAAGGCAGACGUGGUGUGCCUGGAAUUCCCGGACCACGAGGCUUUCCAGGGCCCAUGGGGGAGCGAGGUGAAGCAGGGCAAAGAGGGGAACCAGGAUCUGUAGGAGCGCAUGGUCCAGCAAUGCCCUUGGAACAGGUUUUCGAGUUGUGCAAAAGAGUAGUGAAUGAACAAUUAGCAAUCUACGCAUCUGCAAUCCGGCGGACAUGUGCAAGGGCAUGUCCGACCAAUAAUGUAACACUGAUAGGGCCCCCUGGUCCUCCUGGAUUACCAGGGAAAAGAGGAGAACAAGGUGAAUUUGGUAAUGUUGGAAAUCCUGGUAAACCUGGGCCAAGGGGUAGACAAGGAUCAGCUGGAUUAAGGGGUCCUCCUGGAGAACCAGGAGAUAAAGGUGAAAAAGGUGAAAAAGGAGCUCAAGGGGUUGGACUUCCUGGAGCAGAAGGAAUACAAGGACCAAGAGGCUAUCCGGGUUACCCAGGUGUUGCUGAGGAAGGAGAACCAGGUCCACGUGGGCCAGUGGGAUACAGUGGGCCUGCAGGGCAGCCGGGAAUGCCUGGCGAGCAAGGAGUUCCUGGGAUUUGUGAAACUAGCAACUGUGGAAUCCAUGCUGCUCCUAUUCAGACCCAAUAUAGACUUCUGAAAAGACCAAAUUAA